CCGGACGUGACGUAGGCUGCGCUGCGGUGUGUUGAAGGCGGUGUCGAUGCAGCCUUUCAGGCAAAGCGGAGGGACGUUAUGUCACUUUUCAUUCAAUGCUGCUGCUGGGGCUUUUCCCCAAACACAGAAUGGACUGUCAGCGCAGAAACAUGGCCUCUUCUGCAAUGAGUAAGGCGAAUACUCGAGAUCACGUUACCUCUUCUGACAGUCCGAAAUGUCACGAAGAGCCUCUGUCGCAGUCAGGGGAAAUGAUCAAACCCACCAUCACGGAGCUGACCAAAGGAGUGAGGACGAACAUCCUCUGCACCGUGGAAGGAUGUGGCAAGAUUCUCCCCAACACACCUGCACUUAACAUGCAUCUUGUGAAGUCACACAGAGUGAAGGAUGGUAUUGUGAAUCCUACGGUCAGGAAGGACAUGAAGGGCUCUCAGAAGCUUUACUGCUGUCCCAUUGAAGGGUGUCCCAGAGGGCCUAACAGACCCUUCUCCCAGUUCUCCCUGGUUAAACAACACUUCAUGAAGAUGCAUGCAGAGAAGAAACACAAGUGUGUUAAAUGCAACAAUGGUUACAGCACAGAGUGGGACCUGAAGAGACACAUAGAGGACUGUGGGAAGACCUACCAAUGCACAUGUGGCUGCCCCUAUGCUAGUAGGGCUGCACUGCUGUCCCAUAUCUACAGGACCGGUCAUGAGAUCCCUACAGAACACAGAAUUCCUCCAGUAAAGAAGAGAAAGAUGGAGAAACUGUUGGGUGGCUCAGAAAAGGUUCAUGAGUCAACCUGUCAAGUCGCAUCUGCUACUAAGGAGCUAUCAGAGACUGCUAUCCUGACUGACACACCUGUUUGUAUUUUAGACUCAGUGACCCAGAACUCACACCCUCGUAAGAACCUCCAGAAGUUGCUCCUACCAAAACCCAAGAUGGCUUUGGUCAGUGUUCCUGUGAUGCAGCUUGCCCACCUGCCUGUCCUCCUUCCAUCUACAGAAAGCGGGGCUCUGAGGUCUGUAGUGCUUGCUGUAGACAGCCAAGGCUCGGUCAGCACUCUCCACCUCCUGUCGCAAGCCGCGGGAGCUGUGGUACCCCAACUUGACGCUAAGAGUUUGGUAUUUAAGGACAGCAUGCCUACUUCCCGCUCUAGUCUUGGGCCUGUUAGUACAGGGGUGCAGGUCAGUCUGGACUCUGCAGGUCCAGAGGACUCAGCCAGUAACCUUGGAGGACAGCGAGGAAGAAGCACAUCCACCAAUAUUCAGACAGAGAAAUCCUAUUUGUCAAAAAUACCUUCAGGAGUUGGGGUAGGGGACGGAUUGGGCUUGUGCUCCGUAACUGAGUCCUCAGUGUCAUCUUGCUCCCAAACAGACAUCAGCGUGAGUGCCCAAGUCCUCCUGCCAGUCAGCGUUGAAACACAAACAUUCUCCUCCAGGGCCAAAGCCACAUCCACUAUUGGAGCUCAGACAGAUACCCAGUGCGUGAGCCAGAUUCCUUGCUCCUCCUCAUGUCUGCCUCCCUACAAAACCAGGCAGACACAGACACGUUUUGCCUCACUCCAGUCAGAGGAGAAGGCUCAGGACCAAGCUAUCAUGUGCUCUGACUUAUUUGGCGGUGAUUCCCUCAGUGUCUCCACCCAGACAGCUCUGGACAUAGAUGACACCCUUACUGCUGCAGGAAGCAGUAUAUAUGAGGACUCAAAGUCAGCAGGUGGUAUGUGUUUUGGGGUGCAGACAGUUGAGCUCAGUUCAAACAACAUGGCAGACAACCAGACCCAAACAAUGACCUUGUUAAAUGAUCUAGAAAACAUUUUGUCUGAUAGCAUGUCAAGCCACCAGGUUCUCAGUGAGGCAUCUGCAGGCUGUGGCUCAGGUCUUGGUUCUGUUCAAGAGCAACACAACGGCAUUGACUUUGACUUUGAAGAGUUUCUUAAUGCUGUGCACAUCCAGACACAGACUGAGGAGAGCGAGCUGGGAGGACUGGGUGGGGACACACAGCUGGAGUCUCUGGACAUUCAAACCCAGACAGACUUCCUCUUGAUGGAUGAACUGGACCAAAGUGAGGGACCAAAUCGAACCCAAGCCAACGACCUUGAGCUAUUUGAUACUCAAACUCAGACUGACCUCAAUUUCCUGCUGAGCGCCGGCAGCCACAUGCCCCUGAGCAGCAUCCUGCGACAUUCAAGUUUUUCUAUGAGCACCGAGUCAUCAGACACUGAAACACAGACUGAUCUCCCUUCAUUUCCCACUGGCCUCUCUGCUCAGACACCUGUCAGUCAGGGUGAGCAUGCAAGGCUGCUGAACAGCAUAGAGACACAGACUGUAACCAGCCAGGCAGAAGGACUGGGGCACCUCUUCCUGACAAGCAACGAAACACAAACGGUCAUGGAUGACUUCUUGUCAGCAGACCUGGCCUGGAAUAUGGAGUCCCAUUUCAGCUCUGUGGAAACGCAGACAUGUGAGGAGCUCUGUGCUCUCUUUCAGCACCCUGAGAAACCCAACAGCUGAAGCCCUCACUGAAAAGCUGUCUGAAGUUUACCAGUGCAGGUUUCUCAUGCCUGCUUAUUCCUUUUAAUGAGGAAUCAGUCUAGGCUGUCCUCCAGCCGACCAGUCUUAGCAGUAUGAAGUCUGCUAAAUUGUCUUUGACCAUUCCCAUGGAGAUGUCAUGUAAAGAGUUGUUCCAGGUUUGAAUCCUGACAGCUCUGCUGCACUUUAUUAGCUCAACAGGCAUGAUUUAUCCGCUCCUGUGACAGUUUACAUAUUUAUUUGCACAUAAAGUAACAUUGUAUGUGUCUUGUCGGAAAUGCCAGUUUACUUCUGUAUUUAACCACUAUGACUGGUUUUCCCUGCUUGGUCUUACUAGCAGUUAAAUAAUGUUACAUUACAUCAAUGUAAGGGUCUGCUGGAAGCUUUAGCUGCACAAGAAAAGGCUUAUGAGGUUGUCACCCUGUAUGUAAGCUUUGAGAUAUGCACAUACUGCAUGGGAACAAUAUCAUCUCAGCUACUCUGAAAGCAACAUUGCAUUUAGUAUAUGUCUUACAUACAUAUGUGACGUAUGGUGCAUUGUGCAGCUUGUGCAUCUGGUGGCCGCCUUGUUGAUGUUACCUGAGACAGCAUGACUAUACACUAAGAGAAACAAACAAACAAACAAACAAACUUUGCAGUCAAUGGUAAACUUAACCACUGAUGACCUGUCAGCUUAGGUUUUCCAAAAUAAAGCCCAUGAAGCCUUGGACAGUGAACCACUAAGGUGUUUCUCUGAAACAGAACUCAUAGAUAUGUGGCACAAGUCAAAAUGAAAUGUUUUGGAAAUGUCUUGUCUGUUGUUGCACAACUUUCAUUGAAAUGUGUUUUGUGAAGUAUUAUGUUGUUGUGUAAAAACGUGUUUGUGUCUGGGCCUUUAUAGCUAGGCAGUCAGUUAAAGUCAGUAAGCAGACUAGGCUGUCAACGUCUUUGACUUAUUCAUUAGCUGAGAGUAAGUGUAUACAGAAGCAGUACACAGUGCUGUAGUGAUGCAGUGAUGUUACCGUAGAGAAACAAACAGUGGGUUGGAGGAAGGAUUGGUACAGAGAUAUUUCAUGUAUUCACUACCGGAUUGAACUGAAAGGAGUCCUGUUGAAUAUCUUCCGUUAAGUACAUCAGAUAUUCGCCUUUAUCAAUAAGACACAUAUUUUUAAUUUAUUCAUUUCUUCUCUGUUGUCAAUGCAACUUAACCCAAUGUUUUGGUUGUGUUGUCAUACUACUGCACUGAGUUACCUCAUUUGAAGCACAGGUGCCACAUGUAUACUGUGUGUCCUGGGAAACGUAGUCAUACGCCUUGACCAUUUGUUGAUUUUGUUUUGUUGGUGCCUUAUCCAGAGUAUUAGCUUUAGUUAUGUUACAGACACUUAAUUAUCAGAAUUCUAACACUUGUUUAAAACAAUGAUCAAACACUGAAGGAUGGUCAGAAUCCUCUGCUUUUGCUUUGCAUGAUUAUUUCAGUCUGUAUUUGUGUUUCUACCAUGUUGCAUGAAAUAUUAGAAUGUCCCUAAUUGUUAUCUAUAGUUUCUAUUUAAAUAUUUAAGUUCUGUCAUAUGAAAAUAAUGCUAUGCAACAUUUUGUUGAAGAGAAUUAGUUUGAUGCCAUCCCACGAUUUUUUGGAUGGAUGGUUAAAGUUUAUAGAUGUUGGUAGAAAUUGAGGAAUGUACCUAACAUGACACUGUGUCCAAAUAAAACAUUCACUAUUCCUCAAACUACAAUCAAACAAUUUAAAGGAUAACUCCUCUGUAUUCAUGAAGAUUUUGACAUUAGAUAUUACAUUUCUCAUGUCUUGAGGUAAAAUUAGUACUUCUAGUUUGUGGUUCUUGAAUUUGAAUACAGCAGAGCGGCUCUCUGCUGCUUUAGCAGCACAGGGAAAUGCUUUGUUUAGACGGAUCUAUGUGUAGAAGCCUUGUCAGUCUCAAAGUGUCAGUUACAGUGCUUUGUUUUAUUCCUAUGGGAAUGCAUGCUGAUAUUUUCCCUGCACAAAAUAUUUGUUAAAGGAGCAUUUCUGUUGCCUAUAUUAGUAGUUGAUGGUUGCCUUGAUUAAUUGUCUGAGCUACACCACAGAUGUUCUAAAUAAACUGCUGGAAAGUGUA